AAGACUCCAUAUUUUUUAUUGCAGAUUUAAAUUUCUGCUAAAGGAACUAAUUUCUCACCGCGACAUGCAUCUGUCUGAAGUUUUCACCAUCUGUAAGUAAUAGUUCAACUGUGUCACAUCAUCAUAGCUCUCAAACAGGUGACUGAAGAUUAUCCAUUUAUUACAAUGGCAAUGGGAAAGAAUCAAAUGAUCACUGCAACCGUGAAAGCAGAAACUGGGAGCAGCAUCAUUUCACCAGUUAUUGAAAACUCUACUGUCACCUCCAUGCCCAUUACAAUCAAUGUGGAGCGUGUUUGCAAGGUCAACCAUGGUGGAUAUUUUCGCUGCAUGGCUUUACCCCCAUCUAUCAAAUCUGGAGAUUCAUAUGAACAAGUUAUAAAUGAUCAUAAGAAAAUCCUGAAGGAAAAACUUGAAUAUAUUACAGAUUACACAUCAAUUGCAGGGGAGCGUAUCUGCCUCCUUCAGAGAUUCACGGAUCUUUGGAUCACCGAUGCUAAGGAGCACGAAGUAACAGAAAUUGGAUCAUCUUCCCUCAGACAUGACAAGACAGUUAUUAAAUCUAUGGAGAACAAGAACAUUUUCAGACCCAUUCAUGAAGAACGGCCAGCAAGAGUGGUCAUUACCAAUGGCAUUGCAGGCAUCGGGAAGACAAUUUAUGUAAAGAAGUUCCUUCUCGACUGGGCAAUGUCAAAAACACACCAGGAGUAUGAUUUUGUAUUUGUCUUUCCAUUCUGUGAGCUCAAUCUCAUCUCAGACGAAAGCAUGAGCCUUGUACAGCUAGUACAGCAACAUUACCCACAUAUGAGGCAAUUGGGUGAGACUUACCCGAAAGACUCUGACCGCUCCUUGUUCAUUUUUGAUGGUCUGGAUGAAAGCCGAUUUUCCUUAGAGUUUGAAAAUAGCCCUGUGUGCUCUGACAUAUCGAAGCCAAUGCCUCUGCAAUCAUUACUGACAAAUCUCAUCAAAGGGAACCUCUUUCCCUCAGCAUCUAUUUGGAUAACAACACGCCCAUCGACAAUACAUCGAAUUCCAUCCUGCUAUGUGGACAGAAUGACAGAAAUACAGGGAUUCCAAGAUGAAGAAAAGGAAGAAUAUUUCAGGAGGAAAUGCCAGGAUGAACAGCUGACAGAGAAAAUCAUUGCACUAGUAAAGAAGCAAAGUAGCCUUUGGAUGAUGUGCUAUGUGCCUGCUUUCUGCUGGAUCCUCACCACUGUUUUAGAACAUGUCUUCAAGUCAUCACAUGCUGAGGAAUUUAGAGGUAGCACUGUAACUGAGAUUUAUACCAACUUUCUACUUGUCAUGGUGACGUACCAUCGUGAACACCGUGGCCAUGGAAAGGAAAAAAUUGAAAAGAUAUGCCAGUUACUCCAGUCAGACCGGGCAGCAAUACUCAAUCUGGGCAAGCUUGCAUUCCAGUAUCUUAAGUCUCAUACUUUUGUCUUUUAUGAGGAAGAUUUUAAAUCCUUCAAUAUUGAUAUUUCAUCUAUUUGUAGUGGGUUUUGUCGGCAAUAUUACAUUGAGUACUCCCCACUUUCCCACAGGCGAGUCUACUCCUUUGUUCAUGCCACAGUCCAACAGUACUUUGCAGCUCUCUAUAUUUUUGUAGCUUACCACAAUGAGAAACGGAACCUGAUGGCAUGCAGUAUGAUGGGGCGGCUCUGGGAGAUCUUUUCAAAGCCUACCUUCUUUCAGGUUUGUAAAAGUGCCUGCAGUGAGGUAGUUCAGAGUCACACAGGCCACUUGGAUCUGUUUCUCCAAUUUCUCUGUGGGUUGGGAAAGUGUAGGAUACAGAAGUGCCUGCUAGGUCUUCUAACUCAUGUGGAGGAACAGAAAGAUGAUCUACAGAAUACCAUAAGCUACAUGAAGAAGUUGCUCCAAACAGACAUCCCUCCAGAGAGAUGUAUCAAUCUAUUUCACUGUCUCACUGAGAUGAAUGACAAGUCAGUAGUGAGAGAAAUGAAUGAAUCCCUCCACCAGGGAGUGUUGUCCUCCAAAAAACUAUCACUUGCUGAUUAUUCAGCAUUGGCCUACAUUCUGAAGACAUCUGAUAUGGACAGAAAAGAAUUCAAUUUAUCCACAUACAGGAUAUCACCAGAUGGUUUGAAAAGACUGUUACCAGUUAUUAAAUCCUUUGAAAAAAUAACUCUAACAGGUACCAUCAUGGAUGAGGAAAUGGUUAAUUCUAUGAGUGCUCUUCUGCUUGCCAAUAAAAACCAAAUCAAGGAGUUAUGCUUGAUAAAUAACACAUUGGGAGAUACAGGCCUCAAAAAUCUGGCUGGCGCACUGAUGAGCUCAAGCUGCAGGCUGGAGAUACUGCAUCUGUGUACAAAUGACCUCACAGAGCAAUGUGGCAAGGAUCUAAUUUCCAUUUUAAGAACAAAUCGAAUUCUAAAAGAGUUUGACCUGAAAUACAACCAGUUGAAAGAUGCAGGAAUGAAGCAGCUUUCUCUCGCACUGCAGGAUUCUGACUGUGAGAUUGAAACCCUGGGGUUGUGGGGCAAUGAGUUCACACACUGCUGCUGCGAGGAUCUAGCUCUGGCUCUUAAAACCAACCAGUCGUUAAGAAAGCUGGAUCUCGGCUGCAAUAUUAUUGGAGACUUGGGAAUGAAACUGCUGUGUGCAACGAUGAAGAAUGAUGGCUGUAAAAUUGAGAAGUUAGGGUUACACCGGACUGGCUUAACAGAAGGCUGCUGUGAGGAUCUCACCUCCGUUCUCAGAACAAGCCAGAGCCUGAUAGCCUUAGAGCUGGGCUACAACAACCUGGGAGAUUUGGGUGUACAGCGACUGUCUGCAGCACUGAAAGAUCCCAACUGUAAAUUACAAACUCUCGGGCUGUACCGCAACAAUCUGACAAGUGCAUGCUGUCCAGAUCUUGCGCAAGCCAUCACUGUCAGUUCCGCAUUAACACAACUCAACCUAAGCAGCAACAGUCUGCAAGAUUUUGGAGUCACGUCACUCUUUGAAGCCCUGAAGAAUCCACAGUGCAGGAUACAGGAAAUAAACUUAAAAAACUGUGAUUUGACCGCUGCCUGUGGUGAGGAUAUUCUGUCUGUCCUGAGAGUGACACAUUCACUCACACAGCUGAACCUGUCAACAAACAAGCUGGGGGGAUUAAAAGGCAAAUUGAAAUGCAAACAAUUGAAAUGCAAACUCCAUCUAUAGAGAACAAAACAGGGACAAUAUGAUGCAAAGCUGUUGGGUGUCCUGUUCACUUAUCUUAUGAAUCCCAGUUAACUAUGUCUACAGAUGUCUUCCAUCCUCUCCCUGGAAAAGAACUGAGCAAUGCUGUAACAUUCUGAGGCAUCUGCCAGAUCAAGUUCACAUACAUGGCUGGUCACAGCUGGAAAUGCAGAGCUAAAUGGGCCAACAAUGGCCAAAGGUGAUGGCUCAAGGUGAUUUCUAUUAAUUGAUUGUGGUGCUCUAUAUUACAACGUGACCAAAUUUCAAAAAGUACUUAAUUGGCUGUAACUCAUUUUAGUAUUACCUGAGAACAUGAAAUGUGAUUAUGUAACUUAAGUUCUUUCUUUCUUAGUUUUGCUCUCAUGAUCUGUUUUCUGCACAUCAACUCUUUGACCAAAAAGAACAGAAGAACAUAACAAUAGAUGUAUGGUGCCAUGAAUGCAUAUUGUCUUUAAAAUGUAUGUUAUUUAUAUUAUGUAUUUGAAUGUCUAUUCUAUAAAUGAAUGUAAAUUUGUGCUGUGAAUAGGGUUAAGUGUGCAUUGCAAAUAUCACUUUAAAUUGUGUGAUAAAAAAUAAGCUGUGUGUGAAAAUUUAUAUCAUGUACGUAAAUUUUCAGUAUAUCAUGCACGUGAAUCUGAACUGUACACUGGAAUGUACACUUGAUGAUAAUUUAUAGUUUGUGUAAUAAGUAUACAAUGUAUGAUAAUUUGCAGUGUGAAUUAGACUGUCUUGAUUAAUACUGAUAAUGUAUAGUUUACUUACUGAGUAAGUUUUAUACUUUUAUAUCUCUAUACUUUUAGUUUCUUUGUGCUUUGACAUUAGUUUUUUGUAUGGCUAUCCACAAGGUCACUGUUUAGCAUUGAAACCUCUCUUUGUAGAGCUGUCAAGGUAUCUUUUUCUCUUUAUUCUUUCAUGCAAUGUAAUUGCCCUUGACCUGAGCGGCUUGUUAGGCCAUUUCAGAGAUCAAUUAAGUCAACUACGUUGCUGUGAAUCUGGAGUAACAAGUUGGCAGUUCGAAUAAGGACAGCAGAUUUAAUUCCCUAAAUGACAUUAGUGAACCUAAUGGGUCUCAGAACAGUCAGUGAUAAUUUCAUGGUCACCACUGAGACAAGUUUUCAAUUUUUUUCUGUGCACUCAUGGGACGUGGGCAUCUCUGGCUAGGCCAGCAUUUAUUGCCCAUCUCUACUUGCCAAGAGGGCAGUUAAGAGUCAACUGCAUUGCUGUGGGACUGGAGUCACAUGUAGUCCAGACCAGAUCAGGAUGACAGUUUCCUUCCCUAAAUGCCAUCCAGAUGGAUUGUUCCUAUAAUUGACAAUUGAUUCAUGGUCAUUAUUAGACUCUUAAUCCCAGAUUUAUUAAUUACAUUUGAAUUCCACCAGAUGCAGUGAUGGGAUUUGAAACUAUCCUCAAUGAAUUCACCUUGGGCUCUGGAUUACUAUGGAGAGAAAUAGAGUUAACAUUUUAAGUUCAAGAUGAGACAAAGAGUUUGGGAAAGCUCUCCAUUGGUAUGAGUCAUAGCUAGUGCAAAGGAAGGUGAUUGUCAUUGUUGGAGGUCAAUCAUCUCAAUCCUAGGACAUCAUUUCUCUAGAGUCUCAGAGAAUGCCCCAGGCCCAACCAUCUUCAUGUUUCUUCAUUAACGAUCUUCUGCCUGUCAUAAAGUUAGAGAGGGAAGUGCAGAUGUGUUUUGAUGAUUACACAAUGUUCAAUGUCACCAUCUCCAAUUGUGUUUGCAGCUAUCUCAAAACUAAAAGUAAUUAAAAGUCUGUUUCUCUCAAUACUACAUGUAAAUGGUAGCUAUUCAAAGAAUGUUUGCAUUUGCAUUAAAUGCUUUGCUUUUUUCUAUUGAUCUUUCUGGAAUCACAAUUCACAAUCCUGUCAUUGCAGCUACCCCUCAAUUCAACAACAUCUGCUCAGGACCACGGAUUUCUGCCAUGGGUCUUCAUGCAUAUAUUGGGGAAGUCAGCUGUCCCCUGACUUCUGUGGGGGUAUAUAUUGCACAGGCAGGAUAGCAGCGGUCAGCCCAGCACUGAUCCCCACAAUCACCAUGGUGGCUUAUAGCCAGCUCCAGCAUAGCCCCCAGUAGGUGGCAGUGAUGGUGGAGGGUGCAAACUUGUGCACUGAAGGUUACUUGGGAAUUUUUGGGUGCUGAGGACAGGCUCAGAGAUGGGGGUCAAGUUUCAUACCUGAAAUGCAUGGCAACAAUGAGUUAACCAGCUUCCAACAGCUGUGUUUGUUUUGAAGCUGAACUCUCAAUUGUUUAGUUGGCUUUUUGAAGCUAGGGCAUCUGUUUUGAAAAGCCCUAGAGAAGUAUUGGUAUGAAGGGGGAGAUCCUAAAUGGUCUUGUGAAGAAAAAUAUUAUCUUGUUUGAGUUCUUUUUUAAGAAAUUUUAAAAUGGCUGCUAUCAACUACAGAAUGCUUCUAGAAAAUAGCAGCAAUUACCAAAACAAAAACAAACUCAUUAUCUCUUGAUUCAGAGAUAGUAGGAACUGCAGAUGCUGGAGAAUC